AUGGAGUCUUGGAAUUUUGUUUCUCAAGAUAAAGGUUUAAUCUUGGGGUGGGAUUUGAAAACCCCAUCUAGUUUUUUAGGUCAACAAAUCAUUGAAAAUGACAACAAUCAAAGUUUUGAGGAAUUGGGUUUUCAUGGAAUGUUGGGUAAACAAUUGACUAAUGUUGAUGAUGUUGCCACUAGUAGUUCUCUUGUUAUGGCUGGACCAAAUGCAUUUUCACUUGGUGGAUUUGGUGAUCAUGGAGAUAAAAUUGGUGCAUCAUUCUCCAAAGAGGCCGCAUCGUCUGGAUCGUUACCACCAACUAAGAGGGUGCGGUCUUUGGGAGUGAACUCGCAGAUUGCUUACUGUCAAGUGUAUGGAUGUAAUAAGGAUCUGAGUGGUUGUAAAGAUUAUCACAAGAGGCAUAAAGUUUGUGAGAUUCAUUCAAAGACUUCUAAGGUUAUUGUUAAUGGAAUUGAGCAGAGGUUUUGUCAACAAUGUAGUAGGUUUCAUUUGCUGGCUGAAUUUGAUGAUGGUAAGCGUAGCUGUCGUAAACGUCUUGCAGGCCAUAACGAGCGCAGAAGAAAGCCACAAGUUGGUAUUCACUCUGGAAGAGCUGGCAGGUUGCUUCAACCGUAUGGAGAUAGCAGAUUCCAAGGAAGCAUGCUAACGUCGGCAUCUUUUAUAUGCCAAGAUAUACUCCCCAGCGAGGUCUUUUCUUCCGAGAGAUGUGGCACUAGUAACUGGUGGAGACCUAUAAAAGCCGAAGACGGAACCGGAACUGGUUUUAGGCCUCUUUCUUCUAUUCCAAUGACCAAUGCACAUCCUCAUUCAAGAACUCUAUUUCCUUCGUAUAGCGAUAAACAAUUUCCCUUUUUACAUGAAAAUGCUCCUACGUCUGCUACAGGAAGCAUCUUCUGUGAAGACAAUAGUCAAUAUCCUCCUAUCCUCGAAGGCUCAAAUUCCAGAUCACAAUCAUUAUUCCAUGAUACCUCCUUAGGAAGCGAAGACUUCAAUGUUUUCGAAACUUCGGGAGUAUCAGAUGGUGGUUGUGCUCUCUCUCUUCUGUCAUCUCAAUCCCAGAACUCUUCAAGCCAAUCGUCAGGAAUUCCCGUGCCGCGUCAUCUGGUCAUUCCGAGCAGCCAUAACCAUUAUAACAUGAGUCAGGUUUCCGAUAAGAUGAUAGGAAUGAGUUCACAAGCAUCAAGUGGUGUGUCGGAUAGGUUUCCAUCUGAAUUAAAUCCGACAGACGGAAAUCAUCUCAGUCCUAUACUGAUAUCAGACAAUAAUGAAAUAGUCCAUUUUGAAAUGGCAGAUCGGAUUUUUCAAGGGUCCGAUUUUGUCAAUGUUAAAGGUCAUCUUUCGAGUGAAGACGGCACAACCAUUGACUUGCUUCAACUUUCGUCACAACUUCAGCGCGUUGAGCAUCAGAGACGAGCCUUGCAGGUGAAGCAAGAAAAUGGUUCUUCUUGCUCUCUCCGGAUUACUUAA